AGGUGGAGUUUUCUUUGCCUUUUUCCUCCUCUCCUUUUCCCCGGAGCCAGUCAUGAGUGCCUGUGCCUUUGAACUCCAGCUCUGCAGAGCGCGAUUGCGGUCGCGCUAUAAAUAAAGUUAAGGGCCAAGCAGAGGGCGAGCAUUGAGCUUGGCGGAGGGAAAGAGGAGGGUUUUCCCAGUCGCGCCUACAGCCGCUUCUCCUGCUGCUUCCGCCGCCAGCCAUGGCCUGCAUGGACAGAUGCCGCUGCUGCGUGGACAGUAGGAGGCAGAGCAGCAUCCUUUACAACAUCCUGAAGAGCGAGCAGCAGCAGGGAACCGGGCAAGCGGCCCCGCAGCCCGGCCCGGGAGGCCACGCGACGGGCUUAGGCUGCUCGUGCGGCUUGCAGAGGCGGGUGGCUCUCAAGAACCCGCAAGUGGCGUGCAAGGCAGCUUCGGCCGUGCUGGUGAAGACGCUGCGGUUCGUCAAGAGCGUGCCCUGCUUCCAGGAGCUGCCCCUGGACGAGCAGCUGGUGCUGGUGCGCAGUUGCUGGGCUCCGCUCCUCGUGCUGGGGCUGGCCCAGGACCUCGUGCAUUUCGAGACGGUGGAGACCACUGGGCCCAGCAUGUUGCACAGGAUACUGACCAGCAAGCUGCGCCAAGAAGAGGACGAUGAGGAGGAGGAAACUUCGCUGAUGCUGCUCCACAUGACUCCCAGAUCGCCGGAGCAGCAGCCCUGCGGCGGCGGCAGCAACAGCUUGACACUGCCCUUGGUGGAGGAGAUCCAAGCUAUCAAAGGCUUCCUGGCCAAGUGCUGGAGUUUGGACAUCAGUACCAAGGAGUACGCCUAUCUCAAGGGAACGGUGCUCUUCAACCCGGAUUUGCCAGGGCUCCACUGUGUACAGUAUAUCCAGGGAUUACAGCAAGAAGCACAGCAAGCCCUAAAUGAACAUGUCAGAUUGAUUCACAGAGGGGACCAGGCCAGAUUUGCCAAAUUGAAUGUGGCUCUGUCCAUGCUCAGAUCUAUCAGUGCUAGUGUUAUUGCUGAACUUUUCUUUAGGCCCAUCAUUGGAGCAGUGAAUAUGGAUGAUAUGCUUUUGGAGAUGCUUUGUGCAAAGUUAUGAAGUUUUGUGAGAAUCUAUCUAAUAUAUAAUAAAAUAAUGCAACAUGGAAGUCCUACAACAGAAUAGUGUAAAGUAUUGUAAAAUAAACUAACUUAUUGUUUUUACAUAGACAGUAUUUUUGUAUUCAAUAAUAAAAUUUUCUUUGAGCUUUGACACUUAACUUUUAUUAAGUGAAUAUGCCUUGAAAAGGCUUCUGUAAACAGCUGUAUAUCCUUCAGCUGUUUAGUUUACAAACUGAGAUGUCUAUUCUAUGCCUGUCACUGAAUAGACAGUGCAUGUUGUGUUCAAAUUUGGAAGCUUCUGCUUCCUUUCAUACAAGUUGUUGUUAUAGUCCUACAUGAGACCAAACAAGGUACACAGUUUUAUCUUCCACUGAAUUUCCAAUCCUAACUGAACAGUUAUUUCAAGGUGUGCAAAACUCUUUCUGACUUCUAACACUCUUAAGUCAACUGAAGACUGACUUCCAACAGCAGAAUUUGGAUCAGAACUAUGUCAAAACUGUCUUGCAAACUGUUUAAUUAACUGGUGAACCAUAAAUAUUUAAAAUCAAAAUAA